AGGGCAGAUAAUCGCCGGACAGUUGCAGAAGGUCAAACGAACCCACUCGUUGCGGAAUCUACCCUCGCACGUGACCGCUGGACGUCUACACCCUCAUCCUCCUGCCUCCUCUCCACCCCCGGGCCAGACAGCCCCAGGAUCCCCGGCCUUGACCCGCGAUGGCGCUGCUGGGCGCGCUUGUCUGCUGCCUGUUGGUCGUCUCGCAUUGCCUUCCCGGGCUCGGACUGCCCCUGGCGCCCGGUGGCAGCCCGAGUCCCGCUCCGGCGGUGGGACAGUUUUGGCAUGUGACUGACUUGCACUUAGACCCUACUUACCACAUCACAGAUGACCACACAAAAGUGUGUGCUUCAUCUAAAGGCGCCAAUGCCUCCAAUCCUGGCCCUUUUGGAGAUGUUCUAUGUGAUUCUCCGUAUCACCUUAUUUUGUCGGCAUUUGAUUUUAUUAAAAAUUCAGGACAAGAAGCAUCUUUCAUGAUAUGGACAGGGGAUAGCCCACCUCACGUUCCAGUGUAUGAACUCUCAACAGAUAAAGUCAUAGAUGUGAUUGCUAAUAUGACAAACACCAUCCGGACUGUCUUUCCAAAUCUCCAGGUGUUCCCUGCACUGGGUAAUCAUGACUAUUGGCCGCAGGAUCAACUACCUGUAGUCACCAGCAAGGUGUACAAUGCAGUAGCAGACCUCUGGAAACCCUGGUUAGAUGAAGAAGCUCUUCAUACUUUAAGGAAAGGUGGUUUUUAUACACAGAAAGUAUCACCUAACCUGAACCUUAGGAUCAUCAGUCUAAACACAAACUUGUACUACGGCCCAAAUAUCAUGACUCUGAAUGAAACGGACCCAGCAAAUCAGUUUGAAUGGCUAGAGAGUAUAUUGAGCACUUCUCAGCAAAAUAAAGAGAAGGUGUACAUCAUAGCACAUAUUCCGGUGGGUUAUCUGCCCUAUUCAAGCAGCACCACAGCAAUGAGAGAAUUCCAUAAUGAGAAAUUGAUAAAUAUUUUUAGAAAAUACAGCAGUGUCAUUGUAGGACAAUUUUAUGGACACACUCACAGAGAUAGCAUGAUGGUUCUCUCUGAUGAAAAAGGAAGUCCAAUAAAUUCCUUGUUUGUGGCUCCUGCUGUUACCCCAGUCAAGAGUGUUUUGCAAAAACAGACCAAUAAUCCCGGCGUCAGACUAUUUCAGUAUGAUCCUCAUGAUUAUAAAUUAUUGGAUAUGUUGCAGUAUUAUUUGAACCUGACAGAGGCAAAUCUAAAGGGAGAAUCCGAUUGGAAGCUGGAAUAUGUGCUGACUCAGACCUACAGCAUUGAAGAUUUGCAGCCAAAAAGUUUGUAUGGAUUAGCUAAACAAUUUGCAGUCCCGGGCAAUGAGCAGUUUCUAAAAUACUACAAUUACUUCUUUGUGAGUUAUGACAGCAGUGUCAUUUGUGAUGGGAAAUGUAAGGCCUAUCAAAUUUGUGCAAUUUUGAGUCUUGAUCAUAGUUCCUAUAUAGAUUGCCUCAAACAACUUUAUAUUAAGUACCAUUCCUAAUAUUUCAUUGUUUGUGUUCAUAGAAAAUGUAACGUUCUGUUUCUGAGAUCAGUGUGUGGAAAUUGUUACAUAAUUCUUUGUGUGUUACUGAGUGGGUGAGCAGAAUUCCUACCUUUGCUUUCUUUUUUAUAAUCCUCAAAUGUUGAUAUUUGUAACAUUCUAAAUCUUUAUUAUAUCUAAUGUAAUUGAACUGCCCAUUUCUAGAAUGCUGUCUGGACCUGAAUACCUUAUCUUCCAGUUUAUAUAUCUAAUUUAAACUCUUGUACACUUUUGAAAUGGUCAUUUAUACAAUAAAACAAAUGAUUUC